CUCUCCAGCCCACUCUUUACCUCUUUUAGCUUGAGUACAUUAAGCAGGGGAAAAAGCUAGUCCUGGCUUCCGAUGGAAAGCCAUAAAGCUUCAGAGAGAGAGAGACGCCUGGUGGGCAGUUGAAGGAUCCAGGCAGAGAACGAGGUAUGUGGUGGCGGCAGCAGCUGUAGUGAAAUGUCGUCUCCUGAAUGCCUAAAGGGGAAGGGCCGUCAGCCACUCACCCAUUUUGACAAGGUUAGCCUUCGCUAUCAGCAGGUGCAUGGUGAACAAGAGGAAGAAAACGUGGCGUCUCAGCACCCCCAGCUCCUGGAGGCUUUGCACCAGUUAACAGGCCUGGACAGGCUGUGGGAGAGGCUGAAAUCUGGCCUGCCAUGUAAGCAGAAGAUAGGGGAGCUAGAAGCACGGCAGAGGACCUUAGAGAACAUUGUCUCGGUCCUGAGUCGGGAGCUGGGCAGAAGAGAGGAGUCCCCUGCAGAUGCCCUUGGAGAAGCCAUGGCCAGGAUCCUCUACUUGGAGGAGAAGGUGGAGCAACAAGACUCACUCUUGACCUUGAAGGAUGUGAUGAUCAGCAGCUUAGCGUCCCGCAUCCGCAUCCUGGAACAAACCACAUAUGAUGGGCGUUUUCUCUGGAAAGUCCCCGCAGUGGGACUUAGAAUCCAGGAGGCCCAAAGUGGCAGCAAGCCUGCCCUUUAUUCCCCCUCGUUUUACACCAGCCGCUAUGGUUACAAACUCUGCCUCAAGCUGUUCCUGAAUGGUGAUGGGACAGGAGCGGGAACCCACCUCUCGCUCUUCCUUGUUCUGAUGAAAGGGGAAUAUGAUUUCCAGCUGAAGUGGCCUUUCCAGCAUAAGGUCACCUUCACUCUUUUGGCUCAAGUGAACAAGCAUCACAUCUCCAACACAUUCCGUCCCUUGGAGUCCUCGCCUUCAUUCCAGCGCCCGGUGAAUGAAUCCAACAUCGCCAGUGGCCUCCCUGAGUUUUGCCCCUUGAACUUACUCCAUGACCCAGGGACUGCCUAUAUCUGUAAUGAUACAUUAGCCAUUCAAGCUGUGAUAGACACAAAAGCUUAGACUUGUGGUGACUUUCCCCCAACUGGACUGGAGUCCAUACUAUUGACGGCUGUUGCUCAGAUAGGCUGAAGUGGCAGUUUCAAAAUGGCUACCCAAAGUGACACUGCUGAAUCCUUCAUGGUCUUGUCUCAAAAUAGGCACAGCUGAAGAAAAGGAAACUUUUGGACACUACUCUCCACACUCCUCCCCCCCCCCGGAUGGCUACCCUAAAAUAACCUGGCAGGAGGGGGUCAGUUACAUUCUGCACUUGCACAUAAAGUAAAUUCUGUAAAUUUAUUAAAUUAUUCCAAUAGCUGUGUAGUGUUUUUUGUGUAUAAUUCAGAAUAUUCUGGCAAGGAUAACGAUGAAAGGAGGUGUGAAUUUCAGAGGUACUACCAUAAUUCUGAGAGCUAGUGUGGUGUAGUGGUUAAGGUGUUGGACUACGACCUGGGAGACCAGGGUUCGAAUCCCCACACAGCCAUGAAGUGCACUGGGUGACCUUGGGCCAGUCAGUGCCUCUCAGCCUCAUGAAAACCUUAUUCAUAGGGUUGCCAUAAAUCGGAAUCGACUUGAAGGCUGUACAUUUACAUUUUACCAUAAUUCUAGCAUUUGAACCAAGUAAACUUUCCCUUGCCUGCACUGUCAUACCAAGAGCUGCAUCUGUUGAUUUUCUAUCUGCUAUGCCUAUAAACCUGUGACCCACCAAACUGAAUGCUCACCAGCCAGAUGCUGCAAUCUGCUGGGGAUAUGAUAGGUGUCCUGUUGCUGUUAUUCUCCCAGCCUAAGACACCAAGAUCAGGGAGGAUGUCAAGUACCCAAAGACCACAAUAUAGAUAGUCUCCCUGCUUACAGAAUGCUCUCCCCCAAGGAAGCACAGCUGGUGCUAUCAGUUUUUAAGUGCCAAACCAAACAAUUUGUGUUCACUCAGGAUUUUGGUCAUUAAUCUGGAGGGUAUUGAGCACUGUUUGCUAGCCUGUCUGGGUAGCACUUACCUUGUACUGGAAUGGGUAAGAUUUUUAAAUUUUUUAAUAAAAUGAUUUUAUGUAUUCCAGAUUUCUAUGUGGUUUUAAUACCUUUCAUGUUAUUUGUUUCUUAUUAAUUUGUAAGUUGCUUUGGAACAUUUUUUGUGCGAAAAGCAAUGUAAUAACAAUUAAAAAUGAUG